GGCUUCAACCAGUUCGCGUUCAGCGCUCAAACAUUGGAGACGUUUCGUUACUGUUGGCGUUGUUGAUGAGUUGUGUGUUGCGCUUCUGCUGCCCGAUUUCGCCGACAAUCUCCCCAGCGCCACAGCGGAAGCGGAGGAAGCUCUCAAGUUUAUCUGUGACCACCACUGGCCACUGAUAGUGUUUUACAACGCGCCACGCGAGAAAAUACUGUAACAGUAGUAAGUGUAGGUGUUUCGUGUGGAUUUCAAAACAAAUAUUUCGAGAAAUAGAGUGCGUUUUGGAGAAAGAAAAACAAAAACGCUAAAUUGAAGCAACAUUUCAAGUGAGACGGCUCAUGGUGAAGUUUAAUGAAAUCGGUGGAUGGUUCGGCCUCUGUUUUGUAGGCCAAUUUCACAGUCCCAUCGACGAAGAUUUGGAAGUGCCGCAAAACGUGUUUAACUCUCCUCACAUGCAUUUCUUGCUUUUUUUUCUCUCUCCCCUCGUCCCGUGUGCAGCCUUACAAACGCAAUAGCGAAAAUCGAAAGUGAGUGCAAAAUAAACCGGGAGGGGCAAAGGAAAAGGAAACCAAAAGUUUGCAACGGAUUGGUUACCCACCGGUUGCAAAGAAGUUGCCCAUUGCCGGCCAGCGCGGAGUAUCGUGUGAAUUUUUGAGCCACUUAUUUUGGCGAAUUCUGUGUUGUCGUUGUUGUUAUUGCUAUCUUUUGUAUGGAAAAUUUCACCACCCCAUGUUCGAUUACGGAUUGCCUUAGCGGUUUUAACGGGCAGUAGAGAAGCGGUGUCAAGCAGAAUUGGAAACGCGCCGCGUCGAGGGACGUUUGCGGAAUACGGCUGCGCGAAUUAUAUCGUCUGAAACGCGGUCCAAACACAUUUGCCUGAAGUUCAUGGACAUUUGAGGAGUGUGUGGCCAAAACGGUGGCAGUGUAAUACUCAACCGGCUUAGGAAUAUGUAAACUAUUCAUUGGUCAACAAGAACGAGUUGGAGGAGUAAGCGAAAAUAAGGAGGCUGAACUAACGGAGUAAAGCUAACCGAAAUCGGUAACAAACUCGUCCAACUAGGAAGUGAAAAUAGAAGACACAAUGCCGGCUUACGCAGGAUUCGAGAACUUCGCGUAUCCACGCAGAUCGGUGGAUUCGAUCUACUACUCGCCCAAAGAAUUUGACUCGGCUGAAGAGUCGGACUGCAUGCGACCGCUACCGGUGCCCAUGCGGAGACCGAGCGUAAUUGACACCCUUGGAAUGACGGAUAAAAUCUUCAGCCGACGGUACGUCGAUCCGUGGGAUUUGGAGAAUUAUGUCUACAUAAGGAGACAGGUGCUAGAUCCGACCUCGGAAUCGGAGAUACCUCCAUCGCCGGCUGGGGAGCCAAUUCAAUCCAAGUUUUACUACGUUCCGGGAGAUUUGGAGGACUGUCACGAAUGCGGUCCCGAAAUCGUCAGUCCACUUAAGGAGCAUAUGAUCCAUGAUGAACUGGACGAUGACGACGAUGUGGAGGAUGAAGAUGUUGAUGGUCAGGAAGAGGACGAGGAGGAAGAAGAGGAUGUGAUGGACGAUGAACUGGAAGCGGACGAGUUGGACGUGGAAAAUGAAGAUGAGGAAGGAUUCUACAGUGAGCGGUAUGACGUAGUCAUGGAGGAGGACAGCAUCGCCGGGGAUGAGCUUGUUUACAGUUCAUACACAGAUUUGGAUUCAUCAUCGCCGGACCAUCCGAGCUCGUGCGACAGCACCAUGUCCACCUUGCGGCUACAUACGCCCGGUUUUGGUAAGACAAGCCGGCGACCGAUCGUACUUCCCAAACCCGUACCCCACCUCGAAUUCCCAGGUCCACCCUCGUACGAUUACUACGAAGCAAGCUGCUGCUACAUGCCCCUGUCGCCAGCCAUUCCCCCGCAUCACAUCCCGCUGCUGGAACCUCCAACCGUUUCCCCGAGUAUUGCCAGCGGUGGGGACUACUAUGCGCUCAACGAUUGCUUCGAGUGUGCCCGCCAGGAGGUGGACCACAUCCCACUGUACGCUACCAGCCGCCAGACCAGUCCGAUGCAUCGGCGCUCCCGGAGCGUCAGCGUGGCCAGUAUGAGCGUCGCGAGACGGCCCAGCCACAUCGGAAUCUCCCCACCGGUGAUGGACCCUGCCACAGCGGUGUCGAUCGCAGCGACCAAUGCUAACGUAUGUUACACUCCGCAACAUUUCAGUCUCAGCAAGAAGGGUCUGCUGCAGAUCGAUUACUCGUGCAACUGGGACAACCUGGAUCGAUACAUCGCGAAAUGAGGCGUCACCAGUUCCCCCGUGCGCCCCACAAGCAGUGGUCGGUUACGUUUUUUUUUUUUGGUUCUUUUUAACACAACAAUGCUCAAUUUAUUUACCGAUUAAAUAAACAUGAGACAGACGCGCGCGCUUACUUACACGAUUACUUUGUUUUUAGAAGGAUAAGAAGGAAUGUAUUUAAACAAAUCAGAAGCUCUAACCAAUGUUGUACACUGUAAAUAUGGAACGUAUGGAGAUUUAAUAAAGUUAUUCAGUGGUAGUUGUUUAAGUUGAAAAAGUAAA